AUGGAGCUUGAAUUGGGUUUGAAGAUUACUCGAACAAGAGACGAUGUUUCUUCCUCUACAGAUUUCCGGGUUUGCAGAGAUUCUUUUGGUCAGCUCUCGCUUUCUCGAGAAACCGAUUCUGUGUUCUUCCUCGUUCUUCAUCUCAAAGGAUUUAAGAAGCAAGGUAUCGAUAUUGAGAUAAACGAAGAAGGGAAUCGGAUUAAGAUAAGCGGAAGAAAACAUGUAGAAGAAAUGAUUUUGAUAAAAUGGGUAGAAUGGAAAAAGGAAACAGAGAUAAAGAAAUUCAAGAAAGUGUUUCGGAUUCCAGAAAUCGUCAAUGUAGACAAGAUCAAAGCAAAGUUUAAUGAAGAAGAUGGGACUUUAACAGUUACAUUGCCAAAGAAAAUAAGGGGGAUUUCGGGUUUGAAGAUUGAGGAAGAGGAGGAAGAGGAGGAAGAGGAGGAAGAGGAGAAAACAGAGGAAGAAACAGAGCCAGAAGAAGAUAAAACAGAGGAAAAAUCAGAACUAGAAGAUGAAAUCAAAGAGGAGACUAAACCUGAGGAGGAAGAAGCAGCAGAAGAGCCAGAGGGGGAAGAGGAAGAAGACAAGAUCGAAGAAGAGGUUUUGGAGGAAGAAGAAACAAGGGAUCAUGAGGAAGAAGAGAGAGAAGAAAUCGAAGAAGAUAGUAAACCAAAAAGGAAGAAAAGAAAAAAGUGUUGCUUUCCAUUUGUUGCAGGAUCCACUCUGCUUAUGACUAUUAUUGUUUUUAUUAUUCAAUUAAUUCAGUCCAGAAGAAAAUGA